CCCUCUUCCUCGACCCUUUACGUAAAGUCUUAUAACAAUUUGGUUAGAUACUUAUAAUAUUAUUUUUUUGGUCCAUGGAGGGUCCGUCUAAAGGUUUGAGAAAAGGUGCAUGGACUGCUGAAGAAGAUAGUCUCUUGAGGCAAUGCAUUGAUAAGUAUGGAGAAGGCAAAUGGCAUCAAGUUCCUUUAAGAGCUGGGCUAAAUCGGUGCAGGAAGAGUUGUAGACUAAGAUGGUUGAACUAUUUGAAGCCAAGUAUCAAAAGAGGAAAACUCAGCUGUGAUGAAGUUGAUCUUCUUCUUCGCCUUCAUAAGCUUCUCGGAAACAGGUGGUCAUUGAUUGCUGGUAGAUUACCCGGUCGGACCGCUAAUGAUGUCAAGAAUUACUGGAACACCCACUUAAGUAAGAAACAUGAACCAUGUUGUAAGACCAAGAUGAAAAAGAGAAACAUUCCUUGCUCUCCUCUCACACCCGCCCAAAAAAUAGACGUGUAUAAACCUCGACCUCGAUCCUUCAACGUUAACAAUGGCUGCAGCCAUCUCGAUGGCCUGCCAGAAGUUGACGUUAUUCGUCCAUGCCUUGGACUCAACAACAUUAGUAAUGUUUGUGAAAAUAGUAUCACAUGUAACAAAGAUGAGCUUGCGAACAGUUUAAUGAAUGGGGAGAAUAUGUGGUGGGAGAGUUUGCUAGAGGAUAACCAGGAGCCAGAUGCACUCAUUCCAGGAGCUACUAUGGACCUUGAGAAACUUUGGAGUCUGUUAGAUGGAGAGACUGUGGACCUUGAGUAGUGUUUCGACUGUUUGUUUGUGUUAGUUUGUCAACUUAAUUUUGCAUAUAGUGUGUAUUAUUUCUAAAUAAACCAACUAAUAUAUGUUUGUGAUUGC